ACUACGCUGACCUUCACGUGUCUCGAUAGCCAGGAACCAGAAGAGGGGAGCACCAAUAAGAAAGCGUGAAAUCAAGAGGAAACGGAUAUGACUUGCGGUUGCAGGCGGAAGUUGUAGAAUCCAUAGCAGGACAAGGGUGUUAAGGAACAGUAAGAUCAGUUUUCUUGGCACAAUGGGUCGUCACUUCGGAGAUUUGGCCAAGAUAAGGCAUGUGAUCACCUACAGUAUUUCCCCCUUUGAGCAGAGGGCUUUCCCAAACUACUUUUCCAAGGGAAUCCCAAAUGUGUGGAGGCGAUUCAAAUCAUCUGUAUUCAAGGUUGCACCACCCAUGAUUCUGAUGUACCUGACCUACACAUGGGGCAAUCAUGUUCAUGAACAGGGCAAAAGAAAGAACCCCGCAGACUAUGAGAAUGAACAGUGAAAUCGCCCCGCUGAAGAUGUGUCCUUGUGUAACUUCUUGUUUCUGAAAAAUUCAUCAAUAAAGAAAAUAUUUAUGGGAAAAAUGGA